AUGAAGUUUGCACUCCUCUCCCUCGCGGCCAUGGCUGUAGCCAGCCCCGUGGCCAUUGACGUGCGGCAGACUGCCAUUGCCGGUGAUGAACUUCGGACUGGUCCUUGCGAGCCCAUCACUUUCAUCUUUGCCCGGGGCUCCACCGAGCCUGGUCUUCUGGGAAUCACCACCGGCCCCGGAGUCUGCAACGCUCUCAAACUCAGUCGUCCAGGCCAAGUGGCCUGUCAAGGCGUUGGACCAGCCUAUAUCGCUGAUCUGGCCUCCAACUUCCUCCCACAGGGCACGAACCAAAUUGCCAUCGACGAGGCAGCGGGUCUCUUUAAACUCGCUGCGUCCAAGUGCCCGAACACGAAGAUCGUCGCUGGUGGAUAUAGUCAGGGCGCAGCUGUCAUGCACGGUGCCAUCCGUAAUCUUCCCAGCGACGUCCAAAACAUGAUCAAGGGGGUUGUGCUGUUCGGCGAUACGCGCAACAAGCAGGACGGAGGACGGAUCCCCAACUUCCCCACAGAUCGCACCAAGAUAUACUGUGCUUUCGGAGACCUGGUGUGUGACGGGACUUUGAUCAUUACUGCUGCGCAUCUCAGCUAUGGCGAUGAUGUGCCAAACGCAACCUCUUUCCUCUUGUCAAAGGUUUGA